ACCAUUUAUGACAUGUUAAAUUUAAUGGUAUAUAGGAAGAAUACCGAUCACCUUCCUCCUAAAAAUAACAGAUAAUUCCAGAAAAGGAUCCCUACCCUUUUCGCCCAGCAAUGGGAUCUAAAAAACAGGCUAUAAAAACAAAAUAUUACAUAAAAAGUAUCACAUGUGAGACACUUAUUCCUAAUUGUUUAGUUACUGCAAGCUUAUUUCUUAUGUAUUUGAGAAGUAAUAAUAAUAAAAAACACUAUAACUAUCAUACUUUUCCUGAAAAAAACGAGAAAUACAAAUUAGACCCAAAAACCAUAUAAUUUCAAUUAAAAUUACAUUAUUCGAAUCUUAGUUCGAAAAAUCUAGCAUUCAUAAUCUUAUACGGAUUAUGUUGCUAUGUUAGACAGUGUUACAACGAGGCGACCUUUACGACACGCGAUCAAUUACCGCAGUUAUGUGCUUCACAACUUUUACAAAAUUGUUAUCUGUUCAUAACACCAUAUCGCGGAUAAUUUUACGGUCAAUAUAAUUCGGAGUGAAACCAAUAUUACCUUGGAUACAUUCUUUUAAACAAUAUAAAAGACGCGAGUUUUUUACAUAACGUAUCAGUUUACAAAGUUGUAUCUUCAUACACAGUAGCUACAAGCAUCCAACCAAAAUGUUCAUCAAGGUGAUCUGCGCAUUGUCCGUGGCUGUAGCCGUGGUGUCCGCCCACGGGUUCUCCUCUCAAUACGUCAACCGCCACGACGGACACCAUCAGGAGGUCCACACUGGACACGGCCAUCAUGACUACUAUGCGUAUCCUAAGUACGACUUCGGCUAUGAGGUUACUGAUGAGCACACGGGCGACCACAAGUCUCAGCACGAGCACCGCGACGGUGACGUGGUCAAGGGGUACUACUCCCUGCACGAGCCUGACGGCAACAUCAGACAUGUCGACUACCACGGUGAUGACCACUCCGGUUCCCACGCGACCCUGAAGCAUAGCACGCACCACAUCGUGCCUCAUCAUCAUCAUUACUAAAAACCUUCAGGACUUAACUAUCGCGUCGGACAAAUGGUUCAUUUGUUAAACUAUACAUUUAUAUAUUUUUUUGUUUCACUAUGUAGAAAUAAAUAAAAUUGUACCUAAUUUCAUACAAAGGU